AAAGGUUACCAUGUUCCAAAUGGCCCAUAUGACUUACUAAUUAGGCUUGGGCUCGCCCACUCGCCCACUCUCCCAUAAGUCCCACUCCCAACCACCCAAUCGGUGCAGUGCGGCGUUUAGCUACCAACACCAAGCUCUCGGCUCGAGCUCCUGCCGCCAUGGUGAACGUUCCAAAGACCAAAAAGACAUUUUGCAAGUCCAAGGAAUGCAAGAAGCACACUUUGCAUAAGGUUACUCAGUACAAAAAAGGAAAGGAUAGUCUUGCGGCUCAGGGGAAGCGUCGUUAUGAUCGUAAACAAUCUGGUUAUGGUGGACAGACCAAACCAGUCUUCCACAAAAAGGCCAAGACCACAAAGAAGAUUGUCUUGAGGCUGCAAUGUCAGGGAUGCAAGCAUGUCUCUCAGCACGCAAUCAAGAGGUGCAAGCAUUUUGAGAUCGGUGGUGACAAGAAGGGGAAGGGAACAUCUCUGUUUUAAAUUAGUCUUGGAAUAUCAUACUUAGUAUGUUGUUUUAUUUUGUUUGUUAUAUCAUGGAGGCUCUAAUGCAACAAUUUAGUUUUUUCAAUUUUGUUGGUUUUUUUGUAAUGGUCAAGUGCAUUACAGAUUGAUGUGUAUUAUGACUGAUAUUUCUGAAAUUUCAGACUGCUACUUUUUGUUCUGCUGGUAAUAUUUUUUACGAAGUAUACUAGCUUAAGCUUUUGAUGUCUCGAGUUAUUAGUAAU